AAUCUCGGCGCGACUUAGUCCGUUGGCUAAGCCGUUGGCACAUUCGCACCUGAGCCCUCGUCCGAUUCAGAAAUGCAGUCCCACUCGCUCCUGCUGAUCGCAGCCGUCGCCACGUUGCUGGUGCUCCAGGUCAGUGCCCAGUGGCUGUCCCUGCUGAUGGAGCCGACUCCUGACCCCUUCCUUCCCUUGCAGACGGCGGCCAAGUUCCAGGUGAAGAACCACGAGGACGCCGAGCGGGCCUUGGAGGAGUGCCGCGAGGAAUUCUACGUGCCGGACGACAUCUACGAGAAGUACCAGGAGUACGAGUUCCCCGCCCACCGGCGCACCAGCUGCUUCGUCAAGUGCUUCCUGGAGAAGCUCGAGCUCUUCUCCGAGAAGAAGGGCUACAACGAGCGGGCCAUGAUCGCCCAGUUCACCUCCAAGAGCAGCAAGGACCUCGCCACCGUGCAGCACGGCCUCGAGAAGUGCAUCGACCACAACGAGGCCGAGUCGGAUGUCUGCACCUGGGCCAACCGCGUCUUCUCCUGCUGGCUGCCCAUCAACCGCCACGUGGUGCGCAAGGUCCUGGCUGACCUGUCCGGCGAUGCCAAAAUGCUGGAGAAGUGCCUCCGGGAGCUGAGCUCGCCGGAGAGCAUCGAGGGAGAUCUGCGGAAGCUGGAGCGGUAUCCUUCGUGGACGCGGGAGGAGCUGCCCUGCCUGAUGCGCUGCCUGGCGAGGGAGAAGGGCUGGUUCGACCCGGAGGCCAACAAGUGGAGGCUCCAGCGGCUGACCGACGAUCUUGGAGCCGACGUCUACAACUACUGCAGGUUCGAGCUGCGGCGGAUGUCCUCCGACGGCUGCAGCUUCGCCUACCGCGGAUUGAGGUGCCUCAAGCAGGCGGAGAUGCACGCCGGCACCAGCCUGAGCACCCUGCUGCAGUGCUCCCGCCAGCUGAACGCCAGCAACGCAGAGCUGCUGCAGUACAGUAGGCUCCGGGAGAAGGAACCCAUUCCGUGCCUCUUCCAGUGCUUCGCCGAUGCAAUGGCUUUCUACGACUCGGCGGGCGACUGGCGGCUGGAAAACUGGCAGAGUGCGUUUGGUCCUCCCCGGAAUGAGGAGCGGUCGGUGGCUGCCAACUACAGUGAGUGCCGGCUAAGCGAGAAAAGCCGCCGGGAGGCUACCGACAAGUGCUCGUGGAUGUAUGAGGAGUACAAGUGCUGGGAGCGAAUAAAUGGGAAUGAUCUGGUGGAGGAGACAAAGGGGAAACCUUGAGCUUCCAAUGUGAUUUGCUCAUUCAUCAAAUGCUUUAAUUUGAAUAAACAGUUUAGGCAUA